CGACACCAGACAGACCCACACGGGGUUGAUCAUCUUCGUUCUCAACCAACAAACUAGACUAUUGUGGGCUUGGAGACUACAGUACCUUUCGUUGUCAGAUAUAGCUUCUAACCGAGAAGAAUUUCUUGCUUUCUAUUAGUAUCAGCCAGCUCACAGUCAUAGAAAUCAGAGAGGUGCAAUAAUGACAGGAUCAAUACCUACUUCACUGUUUCUGUCUGCGUGGUGUCUUUGCAUGACGCUGACUACCACCAGAGCCUUUCAGAUUCUGCCACACCAAAUCCUAACAAUCACAGGAUAUCAACGACAUCAGCAGCAGCAGCAGUCACUCUCAAGGCCCCUGCAUUAUUCCAACUAUAGAACAUCCAGUGCUAUCACAACCUUAUCAUUAUCAAAGGCAGCUGACACAGAUACCACAACUUCCACCAACACGCAGACACUGAAGUUGGUCAAUGGGAUUCGAGAUAUCGUUGACGACUAUGACAUUUUCCUUCUCGAUAUGUGGGGAGUCAUGCACGAUGGAUUCACGCCCUACGAGGGGGUCAUUGAAGUGGUUCAAAAACUACGACAGGCCAACAAGACUCUCGUCAUUCUAUCCAAUUCCAGUCAACGAAAACAGAACUCCAUUAUCAAUCUGCAAGGAUUGGGAUUCCUCAUCAAGGAUCAACAACAACAACAGAAUCACAAGGAGGUGUUUGACAAUAUCAUUACCAGUGGAGAAGUCGCCUUUCAAAUGCUAGCAGAGGGAGUUGUUGCAAAUGACGACAAUGACAUUGAUGUGUCGUUGCUACCCAAACAACCAUGGGAUAUCUUGACACAAAUCAAAUCCCAAAAUGCAAAACACAACCGAGACAACAAAGUGUUUGUCCUAGGAAGUGAUCCCAAACGAGAUGUCCCUUAUAUUCAAAGCUCGGGCUGGACAUUUGCACCCGUCCAAGAAGCGGACCUCAUUCUCGCCAGUGGCACUUUUUCCGUCAAUGGCAAUGGCAACGACGACGAUAUUAACAAACGAAUCGAUUCCGAUGCGUACGAAACCGCCGUCACGGAAAGUUUGCGCAUCGCCGCCCAACGAGGUAUUCCCAUGGUGGUAUCCAACCCCGACAAGAUUCGACCCGAUUUUGAACGACCACCCAUGCCGGGCCGGCUGGGGGAUCGCUACGAGCAAGAACUGAUCCGCGUCGGUGGCAAGACGCCCCUCGAGGCGGAAGCAUUGGUCAAACGAAUUGGAAAACCUUUUGGGGACGUGUACGAUAUUGCCUUGUUGGAUGGCCAGCAAGAACAGCGAGCUUGCAUGGUCGGAGAUGCCCUGGAAACCGACAUUACGGGAGGAUCGUUGGCGGGCAUUGACACUGUAUGGAUCCUCAAGGAUGGAGUCUACAUGCCCGAAUUGGAAGCGGCCAAGGACAAGCCCUUGCUGGAAGCAGCCACUGAGAUCCUACAAGAUUUCAAUCGGAACAAGGAAGACUCUUAUGCCAAGGGUCAACCGGAUCAGUUGCCUACAGUUGCCAUGGCGCACUUUCGGUGGUAGCUACGGGAGCAAGCUAGAAGCUAAGGAUAGAUUAGUUUUGCCGCCAUUGCAGCAAUGCCAAGCAUAGAAAGUGAAGCUGCUGCAUGCCUGUAGUAGGAGAAAGUGGCUGACGGC